CAGGGCUGCUGCCGCUACGCUCUCUCGUCUCCUAUUCUCUCAGCCACCUCUCUGCUUCUUUUCUUCUUCUUCUUCUUCUCCUUCGUCUUCUCAUGGCGACAAUUCAACCCCUUUUUCCCGUGAAAUCCAUCCAGCAUCCAAGAGACGGCGUCUCCUCGUCUGAGUUGCAGGCCGUCCUCCGAAAACCCUUCUCCCUUCUCUUCCCCAAGACCUCAGCCGCUCCCAUCCGAGGUGAUAGCUCUCGCUGGCUCCGAAUCCCGGUAAAGGCAGUGAGUAGCGGCCAAAGUGCAAAAGGGGGCAGCACGGUUGACGCAUCCUGUGAUGGAGAUGUGCAAAGACCAUGGAAAACAUAUGAUGCCAGGCUUGUUCUUGAAGAUGGUUCUAUAUGGAGAGCCAAGGCUUUUGGUGCUUCAGGAACGCAAGUUGGUGAAGUGGUGUUCAAUACAUCUUUAACAGGGUACCAGGAAAUUUUAACAGACCCCAGCUAUGCUGGUCAAUUCGUCUUGAUGACAAAUCCUCAUAUUGGAAAUACUGGUGUCAAUCCUGAUGAUGAAGAAUCAAGUCAAUGUUUCCUUGCUGGUUUAGUGAUCAGAAAUCUAAGCAUCUGUACUUCCAACUGGCGGUGCACAGAAUCACUUGGUGAUUACUUAGCUAAAAAAAAUAUCAUGGGCAUAUAUGAUGUGGACACACGUGCAAUAACACGCAGACUGAGACUAGAUGGGAGCCUUAUAGGUGUCUUAAGUACUGAAGAAUCUCGAUCAGAUGAAGAACUGUUGGAAAUGGCGCGCAGAUGGAAAAUUGUCGGUGUUGAUUUGAUAAGUGGUGUUUCAUGUCAUGCUCCGUAUGAAUGGUCAGAGAAAACAGAUGCAGAGUGGGAAUUCAGCAAUGAGAGGAACAAUGCUGAAAGUUUUCAUGUUGUUGCAUAUGAUUUUGGAGUCAAGCAUAAUAUUUUGAGGCGCUUGGCAUCUUAUGGUUGCAGAAUCACAGUUGUGCCUUCAAAAUGGCCUGCUUUGGAAACAUUAAAAAUGAAACCUGAUGGAGUUCUUUUUAGCAAUGGUCCAGGAGACCCAGCUGCAGUCCCUUACGCUGUGGAAACGGUAAAAGAAAUAAUCGGGAAGGUUCCUGUCUUUGGAAUCUGCAUGGGCCACCAAUUGCUUGGUCAGGCAUUGGGUGGCAGGACUUUUAAGAUGAAGUUUGGUCAUCAUGGGGGGAACCAUCCAGUUUGUGACCUCCGCAAUGGUCGUGUUGACAUCAGUGCUCAGAACCAUAAUUAUGCAGUCGAUCCAGCAUCACUUCCAGUUGGGGUUGAAGCGACACACAUAAAUUUGAAUGACAAUAGCUGUGCUGGUCUUGCCUGCUCCGAGUUAAAAAUCAUGUCUCUUCAGUAUCAUCCAGAGUCCUCUCCAGGGCCCCAUGAUUCCGAUCUGGCUUUCAGAGGAUUUAUAGACCUGAUGAAAGCAAACAAGACGUGAAUGGUGCUGUAUAAUUUCUGCUUCACUGGCAUAUGUGAGAGGGAAUGAAGCUUGUCAAUGACAAAGCUGUCAAAUUUGCUCUAGGAUCCUUGUUAUGCAACCAAGCUUUUUCUGGGCCCAGGUACAUUGUCGAUCACACGGCACUAAACCCCGAGGCCUUUGCCUGGUUCAUUUUGUGUAGGAAAGCUUGUCUAGUAAUAUAAUGAUGAAUAAAAUUUGUGUUGUUUUAGAUUCGCAUCUUAAGUUAUAAAAUGCCAGGUUUUGGGUGGUAAGUGUUUACAUAUUUUGUAUCGUGAUGAUGGUUGAUAUCUGAAUUAUGGGUGUAAUGUCAGAAUUUCUUCUGGCAUUCGAGUA